AUGGAUAUGGUGUUUGCUUUGAAACUGGCUAUGGAAAUUUCGGACUACAAGAAACACCCCUUUCAUGUUCUGUUUGUUGACCUCGUUAAAGCGUACGAUUCCGUUUCUCGCGCGGGUGUUUGGGCAGUGCUUAAAAGAAAGGGUGUCCCACCCAGGCUCAUUUCUAUUCUACGUGACUACUACUCGGGUAAGAAGGCGAGGAUUAGUGUGGAAGGUGGCUUGUCCGAAGAGUUUGGGCUGGAAACAGGCCUUGGACGGGGGUGUUGCGUGGCUCCGCUGCUCUUCAACAUUUUCUUGGCUGCUGUUGUUGAGGCUUGGGUUGGGGAGUCUGGUGGCGGUGUGCACUGGCUCACGCGAAUUGACGGGGCACUGUUACAUAGGGAAGCGCAAGACAAAUACUCGUCUUGGGAGGCAUUAGAUCUUCAUGAACUAGGCUAUGCUGAUGAUGCUGCACUUAUCGCCGAUACGCUUUCGCAAUUGCAUGGGAUGGCUAAGGGUUUCCAGCUUCACCUUCAUGAAUGGGGUCUUCAAUUGUCGGUCGAAAAGACUGAAGCCAUGUCGUCUGCUCCGGGUAUGCAUGCACCUAUUCAAGUUGAGGAGUUUGAAGGCUUUGACGCUGUUAAGUUUUCCGAGUACUUUGAGUAUCUUGGUGUUAUUAUACAAAGAAAUGGCUCGGGUGAUAUGGCUGUCAAGGAAAGGUUGGAAUUGGCGGCUGGGGGUCGGGAAAAAUUGGUGCAAACGCUGACGGCCGAUGUUCGCGAAAGGGUUCGCGGAAAUCCGGAGGUGGGUAUGGAGGAGUUAUGUUGCGAUUUGGUGGAAGGUAGUUUUCAGGAUGCGGAAACGGAGGGUGAUCUUGCCAUGUUUAGGCUGUUGGUGUCCACCGUUCUUGUCACCCUUCAAUCAAACUCUCCAGAGUCCUCGCGCUCUACUCAUACUGGUGUCACUCCGCGAAGGGUUUCUAGAAACAAGCGACCUCCGGCAUGGUACGUUAAAAAACAGGAUGAUGCCAAGGCUAUUUUGGACGGCACGGUACCGCCUAGAGUGCGUACGAAGUAUUGGAAUCUUCGGAAUGUGCCUAAGACCACCGAUGUUUCUGAUGGUGACUACGUCUGCGAUUUUCCUGGAUGUGGGAGAAGGUACACAACUAAGGGCGGCCUGUCGCACCAUAAGUUAAUCACGCACAAGGUAGGCACUUUUCGGCAGGCAGGUUUCGACUGUAAGCUUUGUCCGCAUUCUUUCGAGAGGGAAAUGUGGCUUACACGGCAUGUUAACUAUGAUCACGCGCUCGCUAUCCCUUUCAUGUGCCCGUUCUGUCUAGGUUAUUGGCCUGGUGCUCCUAGCCUGAGAUUGCAUAUCGCGGCGGGCCAUAGGUACGAGGAAAAAGAUGUUCCUGCUCCUCGCGCAUUGUGUCUCCGAGACAACCAGAGUAGCGAGACUUUCAAGAGUGUGCAUCAGUUUAAGUAUCACCUCAAACGUUUCCAUCUGUAG